GGUGUUGGCAGCCCGCAUGCAUGCUGCUCACCGCAGAAGUCGAAGGCGGAGUCACCGCUGAUAGGGUCCGAGACGCCCCACCAGACGUCGUAGUUGUCGGCCCAUGGUAGGUGGACUACAACCGAAGCUACUAGCGACCUCACCGGCCACCUCAAACUCCUCUUCUCUCUCGGUGGCUGCGUCAUUGUGCUACCCUAGUUGUUCCUCGAGAGGGUGCUCCAAACGUUGUCACUAGGCAGUCGACGAUGAUGAGGAGCCCGAUGAAGAACAUCCCACAACCUACCUGGAGGCUGCUCGUUGCUUGCCUAGGCCAGUUUCUGUGUCACCUAUGUUUGCCCAACCUCGUUUAGUCGUGGUUCAAGGCCAUGGCGGAGCGAGCGCAGGAUGGUAGGGACAUCAGAAGCGCAACUUUGGUUGUGCCUCCACAUCAAGAUAAGACAUCAGAAGCUAGUUGGUCGUGUUCCUAUUUGGUGUGCGGCCUGCCUUCUCGGCCAAUGGAUGGUCACAUCCCUGUAGAGGCUUGGCCCUCGUGUCACGUCUUCUCGACGAUGGGUCUCCGCCCCAACGCCGAUGGGUGAAAGGAGAUCCUACCGCGACAUGAGGCAUGCCCUGUGGCUGCCUCAGUUGAGCCUCGCCAAGAGUAGCUCCCGCCAAGGCGAAGGAUCCCCAUAUAGAUUUUGCGACAGAUGUUUCAAUUGUCUCUCCUACUCGAACGGAGUGGCAACUUAUCGUUUGUCUCCGUAUUGUCUGUGUUGCCAUAGCUUCAGCCACAUAGCCAAGGACUACAAGCGAAUGAGGUCUCUUGCGAUGACGAAGGCAAAGGGUGGCGUUGCUCGUGGAGACGAGCCACCAGCACCCCAGCACACGGCCCACAGCAACCCACCAAGUUCGGCCGAGACCCACAAGGAGAGCGACCAAGGCACCGCGCACACCAGCGUGUAUGAUCGCCAAUGAUGGCUAUGUAGUAUGAUUAGCGAGUAAUAGUCCAUGAUCUUCUUAUGCUAGGGAGGGCAAACAUAGGCAAAGCUAGCUAGGUGGAUAGAUGGUCCAUGAACCAUCCUAAAAUUUAGUGGUUAAACUAUAGUAGAUGAGCUCUCUAAAAUCAUAAAAAUUAUACAUAGACCACUCUAUAGUUUGGUUUUACAUCUAAAGUGGACCACCCUUGCUCUAGAUCCUAGCUACGCCACUGAGGGCAAAGCCGAUUGUAUAAUACUAACACCCCUAUUCUAGUGUGCCAUGAUCGUGGCGCGUCGUUGUAACUUUCACUGUUUCUAGAUCAUAAUAUAAAGAUGCACAAAUCUUUUUGCGUAUUUAAGAAAAAAAAUAGAAUUAUCAAGCGUCCAAGACCAAACCUUCCUUUGCUUCCAUGGCGUCAACCAAUGGGAAGCUCACGUGGUGUCAUUGUUGCUAAAACCUGCAAGGUUUUUUUAGGGAAGCAACAUGCAAACUCUGCAUUGGAGCGACAGCAAACCUGUAGUGAGAGACUGAGAGCAGAGACCGUCGUAUGGAGUACUCUUUGCACAUUUUUCAUCCAAAGGCGCGGUUCUUGGUCUUGGGUCGUGAUUCGUGACAUCAUACAUACUUUGUGUUUAGAUCCAUUUCAUGGCUUCCAAGUCCCAACCUUAGCUGCCGUGUUUCUGAAUCGACAUUUGUCGGACAAGGGAUUGGAAUAAGGAAAGUGUGUACUGCAUGUUUAGAAAUUUUGCACAUAAUAGGAACAUAUAAAUAGUUUUUCCGGAGCGAGCAACUUUAGUGGCUAUCGAAUCAACUUUCCCCGACUACCAAAGUUCCCAAUUUCCCAUCACAGAGAGGAGGAUCAGAGGACUGGGUCCUGACUCCUGAGUACUCCUGCAGUUAUACUUGAUGCAGAUCAUGUACGAGUGUUCAACGCUAAACGCGGAUCUUUCUUCUAGAUAGAACACGAGCCGCGACGGAACAACGACGGGGAGGAAGGAGUCAUCGGCCGUACCCAACCUUGCGUGGUAGCGAUUGCCAAGAUAGUCAUGGUCAAGCACGGCUCUUCUGAUCUGGUGCCGCCCUCGUCUACCACCUGACCCAACCAUCCGAGAAGACUCCCAGCCCAUUGUUGCCUUAUAAACAGAGCCGAGGCCGGCGGCCACCGGACUACAGCGGACACUCGUCUAACUUAUUCAGCCAUGGCCCUCUGCUCGCUACGCCGCCACCGGCUGCCGCUGCCUUUUCUCCUUGCCAUCCUGUUUGCUGCUUCCCAUGGCGACGAUUACAGCCCCUCCAUAUGCACGCUGCAACCAUACGCAUGCGGCAAAGUGAAUAUCAGAUACCCGUUCUAUCUUUCCGAUGAGACGGCAGAUGUGCUGGGCAACAACUCCUCCUGCGGCUACCCUGGGCUGGUCAUCGACUGUGUGGACGACAAGUAUCCCAUCAUGCAACUCGGCAGCAGCAGCAGCAACACAGGCUACUACUACAACUACAACGUGACGGACAUCGACUACAACAACUUCACCAUCUCCCUCGCCUACCCCGAUGUCCUUGAUGAUGAGAGCUGCCCAUGGGUCGACCACAACGUCACCGUUUCGCCAACCUUGUGGCUGAACCUGUCGGAGUACACCGUUGGUUACCUCCUCUUCUUCGCCAACUGCUCCACCAACACUGUCCCUGGUCAGCCUAACAUCGACCCGAUCCCAUGCGCAAGCAGUUCUGACGACGGCGUAGAUUACUAUUCUUUUGUGAUUCCUUCGUCGGAGGUGCUCCACCAACCUCUGUCGCAGGAGUGCAAGCAAGUUACCCAAGUGCCGGUGCUUCAGAACGCUAACCUGACGAUCAAUCAGCAAUGGAGCACCAACGGGUAUCUCACCGCUCUUGAACAGGGUUUUCAGUUGGAAUGGAACAUAAGCCGGAGGUCCGAGCGGUGCACCCAGUGCGAGAGAUCCAAUGGAAGAUGUGCCUACAGCAGAGAUGGGGAAUUCGUAGCUUGCUUGUGCACCAACGGGCGAGUGAGCGACCAUGAAUGCACCAAAGGGUCAAAAAGGAAAACAGCAAUUAUUGCUGGUGUCGUGGCUGGUGUUGCCGGUGCUGCAGGCCUUGCCGCUGCCAUAUUUUUGUUCAUGCGCAGGAGGAAGCAGAAGAAAGUGAUCAACUCAUCUUCGAAGCUCCUCAAGUACAGCGGGUCUGGUGGGACCCCGCGUUCUCGGGUCGGCGACAUGGAGUCCGGCAGCAUCGAGGACCCGCCGACGCACCUCUUCACCUACGAGGAGCUCGAGGAGGCGACCGACUGCUUCAACGAAAACAGAGAGCUCGGUGAUGGUGGCUUCGGCACCGUCUACAAAGGGUACCUCAAGGACGGGCGCGUGGUGGCGGUGAAGCGGCUGUACAACAACAGCUACCGUCGCGUGGAGCAGUUCCAGAACGAGGCGGCCAUCCUGUCCGGGCUGCGCCACCCGAACCUGGUCAUGUUCUACGGCUGCACGUCCAGCCAGAGCCGCGAGCUGCUGCUGGUGUACGAGUUCGUGGCCAACGGCACGGUGGCCGACCACCUGCACGGGCCGCGAGCCCCCGAGCGCGCCCUCUCGUGGCCGCUCCGCCUCAGCAUCGCCGUCGAGUCCGCCGCGGCGCUCACCUACCUGCACGCCAUCGAGCCCCCCGUCGUGCACCGCGACGUCAAGACCACCAACAUCCUCCUCGACGCCGACUACCACGUCAAGGUCGCCGACUUCGGCCUCUCCCGCCUCUUCCCCCUCGACGUCACCCACGUCUCCACCGCUCCCCAGGGCACACCAGGGUAUGUAGAUCCAGAGUACCACCAGUGCUACCAGCUGACGGACAAGAGCGACGUCUACAGUUUCGGGGUGGUGCUGGUGGAGCUCAUCUCGUCCAAGCCCGCCGUGGACAUCACCCGACACCGGAACGAGAUCAACCUGGCCGGCAUGGCCAUCAGCAAGAUCCAGAAGAGCCAGCUGGAGGAGCUCGUCGACCUCGGCCUGGGCUACGACACCGACCCGGCCACCAAGAAGAUGAUGACCAUGGUCGCGGAGCUGGCCUUCCGCUGCCUGCAGCAGAACGGCGAGAUGCGCCCGCCGAUCAAGGAGGUGCUCGAGGUGCUCAGGAGCAUUCAGGGCGAAUGCCUGACGGAGAAGGAUGGAGACAAGAAGAACAAGGACGGGCCCGUGUCUCCCACCACGGUUCAUGCUCCGUGGGACAGCAGGGCCACCACGCCCAACACCAGCAAGGACUAGGCUAGUUAGUGCUCGAGGACUGAGACCGUCCGAGAUUUGUUUGUGUUUCGUGUUUGUAUUUAGGCUUCCGCAUAUAGAGAACUGCUUUGCUGUGCUGUGUGACUAUGAGGCAUCCCAGAUUGCCUGUCAUUUGUUUUCAGGCUUCGUAGCUCCUGGUGAUGUAAAUAUUUGUGUUUGUUGGUGCUGUCAGGACAGAGGGAAUGUACAUAGUAUAUGUGUAAGAGUGGUAAGUGGUAUAUAUACAUGUGUAAGAGUGGUGAAUGGUAGUAUAUAGUACAUAAAGUACAUGAAUAUAGAUGUCGCUUGUGGCUA